GGGCGGGAGGGCGGAGCUGCGGCGCCCGCGUCCGGGGGUCGCGCGGGCGGGCGCGGUGUCCCGAGCGCAGCGCGUUUCCCCUGAGGGCUGUCCGUCCAGAGCUGCGCUCCACCCCUCACCUGUCUGCGCUGUCCCAGUGACAGCGGCCAUUCUCAGUGGCGUGACCUCUUAAGGACAUCGGGUUGUGUCAUUGAUGACCUGAGUUUGCCCCCUUAGCUCCAAAGCCAAUAUAGUAUCGCAGGGGAAACGGUGGGACGUGGAUCGGCCCCCCGAGCCCUUGGGUCCUUGCUAAAUUCCUGGAUAGAAAUACCCGUUUUAAUAGCCCCCGCCCCCCGUUUUGCCUUCAGGUAUAGGAUUUUUUCUUCCCACUGAAACACUGGGAAUGUCUGUGAUUUAGGUCACUUCCCCUUAUAUAACCGGCCCUAGAUGCCGAGUGUGUUUGGGAACGUCCACAACAGUGGAGGCACUCUUGGAGGAGUAUUUGCAUUUCGGGAUUAAGCCCAGCGCUGCUCCCCACUCUCCUCCGCGGUGUCUGCUCUGCUUCGCAGUAUCGCAGUAUCGGAUGGGCUUCCAGGAGGGUUUCUGCUCCCUAACCUGGCUGUGAUUAUUGUGAUGGAGCAAGGAAAGGAACUGUUGGUGGCAGAGUCUAAAGGUUUCACCAAGAGGGAAAAUUUGAAAGUCCUCUUUUCAGGAGAUGAAAGUAAGAAUAUUAUGGGAACUGCUCAACACAAUGCUCCUCAGGCAGAGAAACUCUGUCUUAAAGAUAAAGUUUCAAAAUGGCCUAAACAUCAUGGACCAGAGAAUAUUAAGAAUGAGGAUACAAAAGAAACACCAUUAGCAUGGUCCCAAGAAGAUGAGAUGUGGUGUCAUGAUUCCUAUGAGAAUGAUGGCUUGUCACAGUGUUGGGAAAAUUGUAUAAGAAAAGCAGAAAAACCCAACCACCAGGAAUGGGACCCAGAACAACAUAACAGUGUCUCUGUACAUCAGAAUUCAUCCUUGGGAGAGAAACCCUACAAAUGUUUGGAAUGUUGGAAAAGCUUCAGUAAUAGUUCUCAUUUGCGUACUCAUCAGAGGACCCACUCCGGAGAAAAGCCUUAUAAAUGCUCUGAGUGUGAAAAAUGCUUCUGUAAUAGUUCUCACCUGAUCCAGCAUCUGAGAACACACACUGGGGAGAAGCCGUACCAGUGUGGAGAGUGUGGGAAAAGCUUCAGCAACACCUCCCAUCUUAUUAUCCAUGAGAGGACGCACACAGGGGAGAAACCCUACAAAUGUCCCGAGUGUGGGAAGAGUUUCAGCAGCAGCUCUCACCUCAUUCAGCACCACAGAUCACACACAGGUGAGAAGCCAUACGAGUGUCCCAUCUGUGGAAAAGGCUUCAGCCACAGCUAUGUCCUAAUAGAACAUCAGAGGACUCACACUGGAGAAAAGCCCUACAAGUGCCCCGACUGUGGAAAGAGCUUCAGUCAAAGUUCCAGUCUGAUCCGCCACCAGCGGACACACACAGGUGAGAAGCCCUACAAAUGUCCUGAAUGUGGAAAAGGCUUUGGUUGUAAUUCUACUCUAAUUAAGCAUCAGAGAAUCCAUACGGGAGAAAAACCCUAUCCCUGUGCAGAAUGUGGGAAGAAUUUUAGUCGAAGCUCCAACCUUAUAGCACACCAGAAAACGCACACAGGAGAGAAGUCCUGUGGAAAUUCUGAAUAUGAGGAAAGUGUGCAUCAGGACUGCAGUAUGGUAGAGGACUGCAGAGUCCAGCCAGGAGAGAAGCCCUAUAAAUGCUGUGAAUGUGGGAAGAGUUUUGGCCUUAGCUCCCACCUCAUUAGACAUCAGAGAACGCACACGGGGGAGAAGCCUUACAGGUGUUCUGAGUGCUGGAAGACUUUCAGUCAGAGUUCCACCCUGGUGAUCCACCAGAGGACUCACACAGGAGAGAAACCUUAUAAAUGCCCCGACUGUGGAGAGUGCUUCAGUCAAAGCUUUAACCUCAUCAGGCACCGAAGGACCCACAUAGGAGAAAAACCUUACAAAUGUCCCGACUGUGAGAAAUGCUUCAGCAGAAGUGCCUAUCUUAGUCAGCAUCGGAAAAUUCACAUGGAAAAGUCUCUUGAGUCUCCUGAAGUGGGGGGUUUCCUUCAUGAGUGGACGUGGAAAAGCUGUUCAGGGAAAAUGGCCCUCCUCCCUUCAUUUUCAGUCUCAAAUUCAUCUUCUACCUGAGUUCAACAGAUGUUUCAUGCUGUCCCCCCUUCCUCCACUGGACCAUUACAAGGAAGGUAUUUGGUGAUAAUUGUGCUCUAAAGUUUAUUGGUGUGUUUCCCAAAUGCCUGGAAAAAGUCAACCUCUCUGUUUAGAGGGAAAAACUGAGAUCCACUGGCUACCUAAUCUGUCCAGGGAGAGGCCACCAAGGACUGAGGAGGAACUUUUAAAAUGUAAAGUGAGAUAGGAAUGGCUUCAGAUGGAAAUGGAGAGUAAUCCUGGGAGUGAGCCAAAAGACCUGAUGCUAGAAUUGCCAUUGAAUCACCUCAUUUCCUCUUGUCUUAUUGAGUGUAGACAGUGCAUUAUUUUUCUUAAGAGUUUACCCAGAAAAGUUCAUUUUGAACAAAUAAUGCCAUUACCUAGCUGUUUUUGGAGGUCUUAAGAAGAGAUGUACUUUACCAAGUGCAUUUUUAUUUUCUAAAAAUGAACUUGUAUCUAGAACACUGUGUCCAUUACCAUAGCUUUUAGCCAUAUAUGGCUACUUACACUUAUGUUGAUUAAAUGAAAUUUAAAAUCCAAUUCCUUAGUCAACUAGCUCCUUGAAAAGUGCUCAGUAGCCACAUAUGACUAGUGGCUGUUGUAUGGAAUAUCAUCAUAGAAAGUUCUUUAUUUCAAGAUCAUCAUUCUAGAGAGACUCAUAAGUCUUUCCUUUCAGGAUAGGAAUGCACUCUGGGGAUUUGCUCUCCAAUAGGAAUUGAAAUAGAAUAGAAAUGGGAUAGUUUUGAAAGCACUGGGUCAAGAAAGUGGAUAUUCUAGUGACUCUGUGUUCUCAUUUAUGUUCCACCAACUGGGUUAUCUAGUGAUAAAGCAUCAUUGUCUUGACUAAAGCCAGGAUAGGAAGUAGGAUCCUGAAUUAUUCUGUUUUUAAAUUUUAGAUGAAUUUCUCUUCAUGUUAUUCCUAAUUAGAUCAGGAACUGGAUUUUUUUUCUAAUAAUUGACACAUUAAUUCUGAGCCAGUGUCCAAGAAUAGUUUGCCUUUGAACACUGAUAUUCUUUAGCUCCAAGACUGGCUGUUUUCUUGGGCCUCUUGACAUACUUGGUCUGGGGAUCUGAUGAUUGCCAUCAUCGGCUCUAUAGGAAUGAUGCUUUGGGAGAUAUUAGAUAUAUCUUAUUCCCCUCUCCCACUUUUUCCUACUAGUGUGAAAGGUAAAUGUGUAGAAGUUCAGAAUUCCUCUGAACUGCCCAGGAUUGCAUUUUAUUGUGGGAUUCAAAAUAUUAUGAAGAAUAUGUCAAGAUGGUAUAUUAGGAACGUGAAGUUAGACAGGACCGACUGUGGCUGCUGAAAAGGUCUGUAGCUGGCAGGUGAUUGGUUUGUAUGAGGAUUUUUUUAUCUUUCAUGCUUGGGGCAUACGUGUCCUUUAGUAUUGUUAUAUGAUUAAAAAAAGAAAAAAAGCUAAUAAAGGAGUUUUAUAUUUGGGGGUGAUUUUAUGCUUUCAGAAAUUUUUUUUUAUGUGACUCCCGCCUAUGCAUCUUUCCGCCUUUGUAUGUUAUAUAAUAAUGCCCAAGUUAUCUUAAGUUGUAAUAUCUCAGGGCAAGUUUUGAUAGCAUUUUUUUUUUUUGCCACAGAAAGCUGAGAGUUCAAUUAAUGAUUGGUAAUUAAAUUAUGGGUUUAUUAUCAAGGCUGAAAUUUAUUAUCAAGGCAGCAGCUAUGAGGUUAAUCACAUGAUCUAUGGCAAGUGGCCACUAUGAGCCUCAGUUCCUUCAUCUGUAAAAUGAGGAUAAUGCCUCCCUUGCAAGGUUGGUAUAAGAAUUAAACAAAUGUUUACAAAACUUCUGCCAGAGAGCUUAAAAUAAAAUGCGGUUAAUAUAAAUAUUAAUGGUAUUAUUAUUAAUUGAAACAAAUUUAAAAAUGUCAUCCACAUGAAAAAUAAAAGUAGCAAUACAGCUCCAAACUUAUCCUGCUUAGAGAUUCUGUUUGAUCCAUCUCAGGAACCCAAAGGAACAAGGUAUUAGAAAAGCAUGAGAUGAUAUGUGUUUUAAGUUUGUGGGCUGUCAAAAAUACUUUUAUUUACAACACUUGGUAAAAGCAGCUAUAAUAGAGGCAGGAAAUGUUAACUGAAGUUUUUGUUGUUCAUGAAACAAAGGAUUUGGUUUAAAAUACGAAAGAUCAAAACAGCAUGUUUGACAACAGGUAAAUGUGUGUCCUCUCACCAUCACCUGCACUAUGUUUUAUGACUGCCAACAAAUGAAACAUGUUACAAACUUGAGCUCUACAGGAAUAUAGACAUUCACAUUUUAUAUUGGUUAAGAUGAACUCCAUUAUUAAAAUAGUCUGGUGAGAAUCCUUGUAUCUGGAUAGGAAAUAAGGAAAAUCGAAGAGAGAUUUGUCCCUUGUGAUGAAAAAUAUAACAAAUUCAAUCAUAUUUGAUGUUUUUGCCUCAGUUUCACUAAUCAGCUGAUAGGUUCUUUGUUCAGCUCCAUACAAAGUAAAUAUUCUGUAUUCUGUAUUUUUCUUGUUGGAACAAAGGAUUCAGCAGCAUAUGAAUAAAGAAAUAAGAAAUUUCUUAUUCACAAAUUAUUUGUUUUAUAGUAUCUUUUUAAUUAAAUGCUGGGAGCCAUUAGCCAAGUAGGUAUGACAAUUUCCUUGCCAGCGUACCCCAUGUUGCUUAGUGGAAGGACUCCUGGAAAUAGGACAUUUUGCAGUGACAUUGCAGUUAGGUGACCUUGCUCAAGGACCAGGGCGGAUCCGGGAUUAGGGUGUUCCCGGUUUAGGAUAAUCGGGUUUAGGGCGUUCCAGGUUUAAGAUUAUUCCUGCUGGGAAUAGGGCGUAUCCUGCUGCCUGAGUUCCCCUUGAGUUCUCACGGGAUUCAGACAGUAUUUUUUGGGAGAUAGAAGCCCAGUGGAGGUGGAUUUGGGCAGAGAACGUGGAUUUCCCCAGAACGUGAUUGUAGACGGCUGGUGUGAGUUCGGGAAUAAAGAGUUGCUGUUUGAAUCUACAA